GAUGAGGAACCAGCUGGGGGGUCACGUGACGCUCCGGCCGCCGUCCCGCGCUCUCCCAGUGCAAGUCCAGAAGAAGUCUUCUCCUGGGAGACUCCAGUGGCCACCGCAGAGCUUGGUGAGGAGGCUUCUCCUGCUGUGAGUUCUCCGGCGUCGGCGUCCAAUCAGAUUUCUGCGUCCUGAAGAUGUCGUAUGGCUCUGUGGAUGGGAGCGGAUUUGGAAAAAGAAACCCCUUUGGCGGACCCUCGACACAAGGAUACCAGCCCCUAGCCGCCCAGAUCGACACGAACGAGCUCCACGAACUCUUCCAGCUGACUUCAGGGGAUGUGUUCCGGAUAAACAGUAAUGUACAGUCUUUGGAGAGAAUCCUUCGCUCCCUGGGGACUCCUAGCGACUCGCAGGAACUGAGAGAUCGCCUCCAUUUCACGCAGCAGGAGACCAACAACUUUGUCGUGUCCAGCACCAAAUCUCUCCGCCAUCUGUCAGAGGCCGUGCGGGGAUCACCCCGGCAAGACCGGCUUCAGCUGGACCGAAUAAAGAGCCAAUUAUCAGAUGCUAUUCAGCGCUAUGGGACUGUCCAAACGAAAAUAGCAGAAAAGUCAAAAUCACUGCUGGCCGGCGGACAGAAAACCCCAAAACAAAGUCCCCACACGCCCUUCUCAGAUAUGGCGGACGACGAGAAGAUAUUCAACGGGGGGGACGAGGUUUGGCAGAACCAAAGCCAAAGUGUUUCCGAGAUCAACGAGGAGGAUCUGGACGGCAUUCGUCAAAAGGAGGAGGCUGUGAAACAGAUUGAGAGCGACAUGAUUGAUGUGAACCAGAUAGUGAAGGACUUGUCAUCCAUCGUCUACGACCAAGGAGAUUCUAUAGACAGCAUUGAAGCCAACAUCGAGAGCGCGUCUUCCAACAUAGAAUCUGCAAACCGCCAGCUGGCCAGGGCUGGCCAGCACCAAAGGCGCAACCUUAGAAUGGCGUGUGCACCCAGAAAGAGGAAGGAGAAGUUUUCUCCUCUUGAACUUGAGAUUUUGGUGGCCGAGGUGACCAAGCAUCACUCGAAGCUGUACGGAAGCGAGCGGGUCAACCUGAGCCAGCCGGCAAGAGAGAGGAUCUGGUUAGAAAUAGCCAAGAAGAUUAACGCCGUAGCACGGUCCCCAAGAACCACCAGAGAUCUGAGGAGGCGGUGGGACGACAUGAAAAGACGUACCAAGGAGAAGCUGGCCAUCAUAAAGCGAACGGUGGUGAGCACCGGCAGCGUGAGCCGGAAAUGUAACUCGGUCUUACAGAACGAUAUAAACAAUGAAAUGUAUCACGGCUUUGACGAGGACGAAGACGAGCACGAUGACAUUGAUGUGGAGGUUGAUACCCCUCACAUAGCUCUGGAGCUCCAGUCAGAUGAGGAGGAAAAUGGUCCCGGUUGCACUUGGGUCCCCCUAAAAACAAUAGAAAUGCCCAUAUCCACUGAGCAAGACAUGUCGGAUCAUCACCGUGUGAUCAUUCAGACAUCUGCCUCUUCUCCGUCACCUCCGUCCUCUCCUCAAACCCACCUGAAGUCCACGUACGUCAGGCGGCUGUCGCAAACCCCUCCGCACCCUAGGAGGAAACACGAGGUUUCUGACUUUGAAAAACAAUUAAUGGAGAGCCAGAUGCAGCAGAAUACUCUCCUAUCGUCCUGGUAUCAGCAGCAAACCUCGCUCAUGGUCCAGCAGAACCUCAUUCUGGAGAGCCUGGUGGAGCAGAGCCGGCGCCUGGCGGACAACGUGGAGCUGCUCAACAGAACGUUGGAAAAGCUCGUGGACAACAAGCAUCCUCGCAGAGAAAUGGUGCAUUUUGUACAAGACCGUAGCCCGGGGACACUUCCUCGCGCCACUGCCAGGGUAGCAUCUGGUGAGUCGGGGGUAACCGCUGGCGUCGACGUAUAUUCCGGCAUGAUCCUCAAAGUAGAAGAGGAGAUGUAAAGCUUUUCAAGCUGACAACGUCGAGCUAUGACUCUGACAUCAGAACGAUAUACUGUAUCGACGGUUAACUACACGUUCAAUUUUAAAAGGCUGUCCAUACCGGUUAGGUAGCAGGAACGUUUAUUCCCCUUAUACAAUGGAUACCCAGAGCCAUUUUUGUAGGUUGUGAGAUACAUUGUGCAUAUUUUCUAAUGGAUUUAUCGGUUUGUGAGAGAA